AUAGUGGACGCUGCGGUGUAUGAUGCAGAAGCAAAGGUCGUAACGUGGAUGGCGUCUAUGGAUCCUCUAUGAUCAUCCCCCGUCCGUCGCCCAUGUGUUCCUCUUUCCUGUUAUGUUCUUCCUGCCAAAGAUUUCUACUGCGGUUAAUGCUUAGGCAAUUACCAGCCGGUUUUGGUUGGCUAUGUGCUUGUUCUCAUCCGUCCUCUGUGGGCUCCUUGGGUCAAGACAUCGGUUGACAGUGUCUGUGGAUUUAUGUGUGUGUGUGUGUGUGUGAGAGAGAGAGAGAGAGAGAGAGAGAGAGAGGGAGGGAGAGAGAGAGAGCGAGGCAGACUGCUGCUCUUUCCCUCACUUUUUGAAGAGAAAGGCUCUCGGUCUUUCCUGACCCCUCACGUGUAACCUUUCCCUUCCCUCCAUUUCAACAACGCUGAGGGAUCUGAAACAAAAGUUGGGCCUUGGUGUUAAAUAGCUUGUUGUGUUUUGUGACCUUUGAGAACUCUCUUUGAGCUACCCAGCUAGCUCUUGGGAGCCGGAAGUGUUGGUUAAAUAGCCUGAAUACUUGCGCAAGCGGAGUGGAAGCCUGAGGUGAAAAAUUAGGGUAGAAAGCACUAACAAACACACACAAACACCAACGUCAGAAAGGAAGCAAGGAGCACCAUGACACUGGAAGCGUUAGCUUCUGCUGAGCUUUCCAGCUUCCUCAUCUAUGACACCAUCACGGCCUCCCCACUCCUUCACCACGCUGAACCCUCCUCGAGCUCAAGCUUCCUCUUCCGCAGUGCCGGCGGCGAAGACGCAGUGGGCUCCCUCGGCAUCGGUCCUUCCCGUUCUGGAUUGGCGGGUGGCAUCCCCGCGGCCAAGGAGGAACCGAGGCCUGAGGCGGCAGCAGUAGGACAGGGAAAGAGGAAGCGGCGAAGGACGAGGACAUGCAAGAACAAGGAGGAAGCAGAGAACCAAAGGAUGACCCACAUUGCCGUCGAGCGCAACCGCCGCCGCCAGAUGAACGAGCACCUCGCAGUGCUGCGCUCGCUCAUGCCGGAGUCCUACAUCCAAAGGGGCGACCAAGCCUCCGUUGUUGGAGGAGCUAUCGACUUUGUCAAGGAGCUAGAGCAGCUUCUCCAGUCGCUGGAAGCACAAAAGAGAACACUGCAGCAACAGGCGGGGAAACCGGAGAGGAGUUCAUACAUGGGGGAAGCUGGAAGCAGCAGCAGCAGCAGCAGCAGCGGUAGCAACAGCGACGUGGUCGAUUCCCCUCCCUUUGCCCAGUUCUUCUCCUUCCCGCAAUACAGUUGGUGCCACACCACCCAGGGCCAGGACCACCCUCCCCCGGAGAACCAGCUGCCGGCGUUGGCCGACAUCGAGGUGACACUGAUCGAGACUCACGCCAACGUCCGAAUCCUAUCGCCGAAGAGGCCCGGCCAGCUGUUCAAGAUGGUGGCUGGGCUUCACAACCUUAGCCUCACAAUCCUUCACCUCAACGUCACUGCCCUCGACUCCAUGGUGCUCUACUCUCUCAGUGUCAAGGUGCGUCCCCAGUGCUCUUGGAUUAACUGUGAUCUGAUUAGGAAAGUAAGCGUCAAAUAUUCUCCAGCAUUUACUUUCUUCUGUUCAUGGGCAAAUGUCAUUGGCAACCUCCAGCAAGGGAUCCUUUUGCUGUACCUGCACCAUUUGUUUAACCCCCAUGGGGGCUGAAGUUUUCAAUGCUCUCUUCUAAGCCCAAGAACUCCAGCCAGCAUUGCUAGAGAACAUGCCAAGUUUUUGGGUUUCUGUAAAGAAAUAGAAUUCAUAUUAGAUACACAGUCACAAGGGAAAAAUGAAAAUAAAAAGAGAGGAAGAGGAAGAGGAAGGGGGUGGUACUCCUUAGGCCCUGAGGGACUAAUCACCAAUUUGAUGAUGGUCCCUCUUGUGGCCUUUUAACACAUGAAAUAACUCGUUCUGUUGCUCACCAUUUUGUUUGCUCUUCUUGUUCUCCGUGUGGUACUCCUCCCUUGCUGUAGCUUCAAAAUUUCCCCAUCACCACUGGAAAGGGAGAGGAAAAAGCUGCUGGCUUGUGAUCUAAAACCCUUUACCUGUGUCCACCUUUCUGAAGGUUCCCUGUGUAAUUUGUCAGAACCCUUUCUUCUGCGUUGGAAUGGAACUCCGGGAGCCCAGCUUGGCCCCUUGGAUGUGACAUGGUAGUACUCCUCUCAGUGCACGGGAAUCCUCGAGGAGAAUAACAUCAUUAGACAUGCAUCAUUGCUGCCUCUCCACCUCACCUCUCACUGUUGAGCAAAAUUCCAACGUGCUAGAUAGAUCUUCUUCACUCUUAAAAGUGUAAAUAGUUAAGCAGAAGUUGCACUCCCUCAUGCCCAAUUUAUAUGUUUCUUUGCAGAAGUGGACUUUAGAAGAAGAAAGUCAUGUGGUUUGACUUUGGAGAACUGAUUAGUGAUGUGUGAAAGUUUGGAUUGAUUUCCUGCUCAU